UCGGACCGGCACAAGUAACAAUGUCGCAGCUCUCGAACAGCUCCGACCUCAGCUUUGGGCCGGCGUAUGUUGGCCCCGAUAGGAAGUUCGAUUUCACCUUACUCUUCGAGGAUACCAUUUUGACCAUAGUCCCAUCGACGUUGUUCCUUGCUGCAGCCAUAGCACGAGCAGCAUGGCUUUUCAACAGUCCAAACAAGGUCGUCACGUCCUUGAGUCGGUCCGCAAAGCUAGUAUUGCUCUCAGCAUUUGCUAUGAUACAGCUGGCCGUUCUACUCAUCCGUACAACCAACUUGCAGGUGGCCACCAAAGCAUCGGUCCCUGCCGCCACCCUUGACUUCGUUGUGGCAUGUGUGCUCUUCAUCUUAUCGUGCUUCGACCACUCCCGAUCAAUUACCCCAUCGCCCAUCAUAGGGCUCUACCUUCUCUUUUCCGUGGCAUUUGACGCUGUCCGACUGCGAACCUGGUACCUAAUCAGCGGCCAUGCAGCAAAAGGAAUCGCCCACUUACUUACACUCUCCCUGAUCACCAAACUUGGCGUUUUGGUCACUGAAGCCAUCGAGAAGAGGGCAAUCCUCCUCGAACCCUACCGAGAUCUUCCUCCAGAGCAGACCAGUGGUAUCUACAACAAAUCAGUAUUCUGGUGGGUGAAUCCUCUACUCAAGCUGGGCUUCGAUACCACACUACGAACCGAGGAUCUCUUCACGCUUGAUGAGGCGCUGUCUUCUGCGAGACUUCACCGAAGAUUCCAGCUGAAAUGGUCGGAAAAGCGAGCGUAUUCCAGCAACAGUCUCAUGUACAUGUCUGCUAGUGUGUUGAAGUGGGAGCUCUUCUGGUCUGCCAUACCACGAUUGCUGCUCUCCGCGACAAGAUUCUCUCAGCCGUUUUUGAUUCAAACAACCAUCCGUUACGUGAGCGACAGAACAGAUCAACCAGCAUCUUAUGGUUGGGGACUAGCAGCCGCAUUCUUCUUGUCUUACUUCGCGGUGGCCAUAUUCACUGCAGCAUAUCAGCACCUAGCCAAUCGCUACUGUACCCAGCUACGUGGCGGCCUGCUGACGCUCCUUUACGACAAGACCAUCAAUCUCAGCCUGACUGCGGUCGAUCGGGAAGCCGCAAUGACUCUGAUGUCCGCUGACACCAACCAGAUGGUCGAUGUCUUGCCGUUGCUUCACGAUACAUGGUGUGGAGUUCUUGAUACCGCCGUUGCUAUGUUCAUCCUGUACUACUACCUUGGCUCCACGUGUUAUGCACCGGCAAUCGUCUACGUCAUCCAGCUUGGAAGCACAGUCGGACUUGCCCGUGUCAUUGCGCCGUUGCAGAAGAAAUGGCUUGAUGCAGUACAAAAGCGCGUGUCGUUCACAUCAGCACUGCUGAACUCGAUACGAAAUGUCAAAUUGCUUGGACUUGGGGCAGUGGUUGAGAAUCGUACACAUGCCUUACGACUGGCUGAGAUUGCUAUUUGCAGAGCCUAUCGCUUGGCAGACACAGGUAGAAUCGUUGUUCAGAACGGAGCAAGCAUAUACGCUCCCUUUGCUACUUUUCUUGUUUAUUACAUCAAGUCGCUCCAAUCUGGAGCCUCCCUGGACAUUCCUACAGCCUUUGGAGUUCUGACUAUUCUUCGAACCAUGGAGGGGCCACUUAAUCUUGUGAUAUUUGCGUCAGUCAGGCUUACUUCAUCGCUAUCCUGUUUCCAGCGUAUUCAAGAAUACCUUCUCUCCGACUCGCGCAAUGACAAUCGUUUGUCUCUGCAAGAUGUUUACGACUCGGAGGAAUACUGGCAGCCACAGAGUUACUCAGAUGCCAUUUCACUCAGACGCAUGAGUGUGUCCCGAAGCCCAGCGGACGAUGCCAUUGUCUUGAAAAAUUGUUCGUUUGGUUGGGGGAGGGGCAGUGAGCCAGUCGUCAAGGACAUCAACCUAUCACUAAGCGUUGGAUCCUUUACAAUGAUCAUUGGUCCCGUCGGCUGUGGCAAGUCUACUCUUGUCAAAGGUAUUCUCAGUGAAACACCACUUUCGCGUGGAUUCGUCUAUGUCAACAACAAUGCCAUCUCAUUUGCAGACCAAGAGGCCUGGAUUCAGAAUGGUACAGUUAGAGAUAAUAUUUGCGGAGCAAGCCAAUUAUCUGCCGACGCGCUCUGGUACGAUGAAGUCAUUGCUUGCUGCGGACUGACUGAAGAUAUUCAAAACUUCCCACGUGGCGACGGGACUAUCGUCGGCUCUAAAGGACUCUCGCUGAGUGGUGGCCAAAAAGCUCGCUUGGCGCUUGCUCGUGCUGUCUAUGCUAAAGCAGAAACUCUUAUCCUUGACGAUGUCUUUUCAGGCCUCGACAACGAGACCGAGGAGCUAAUAUUUCGCAGACUUCUUGCUCACAAUGGGCCGCUGAGGCGAUUGAAGACAACAGUGAUCCUUGCCACACAUGCCAUCAGGCGUCUACCCUACGCAGAUAUGAUAAUUUCGCUGGGCUCUGAUGGCCGGGUGUCCGAAAUUGGCAACUACCUCCAGCUCUCAAUAAGUGGUGGGUACGUGCAUAGUCUUAAUGUGAAUGUUAAGCAAGAGCAGCAAGCGGAUGACGAUACCCAACACACGCCAUCUCGGAAGAAAGCUCACAAAGUGGAGGUCGAUCUGGUGGCUGGUGAUUCACGCGAUGACUUGCUCAGACGCACCGGAGACUGGAGUACCUGGAAGCACUGGUUUAAAUCUUGUGGAUAUCUCUCCAGUGCUCUCAGCGUAACCUGGGGUUUCAUUUGGAUCGUCGCUGUUCAGAUGCCGGGUAUUUUGGUCAGAGUCUACUCCUCGAACAAUACUUUGGUUGCUGGCGCUGCAGCAAGAACAUUCAUAAUCCUUUUCGGUAUGAUGGUCAUCGUCGCUUCGGGUUCGGUAAUCCUUCUCGUCUGGCAGAUUCUUCUGGAUAUGCAACCACGAAGCUCGACUGCUCUUCAUCUUAACCUGUUGCAGACGACUCUUAAUGCGCCACUGUCUUUCUUUACAAAGACAGAUAUCGGCUCCAUUACGAAUCGUUUCAGUCAAGAUCUCAAUCUUGUCGAUAUGGAGGUUCCCUUCUCUUGGGCGGAUUUUGUACUCAGUUUCGUUGCGGCCGUGACCGGCAUCGGUCUAAUGGUCGCUUCUGGCUCUGGAUACUUCGCCACGACCGUCCCCGUUCUUCUCGGGGUGAUGUACACUAUACAAAAAUACUACCUUCGCACGAGUCGACAAAUGCGUCUCCUGGACAUCGAAGAGAAAGCACCCCUAUACACUCAGUUUGGCGAGACAGCGUCAGGCUUGGCAACGAUUCGUGCCUUCGGCUGGGCUGACAAGUUCACAGAGAAGAAUAUCGAGCUCCUCGACCAGAGCCAGCGUCCCUUUUACCUCCUUCUGUGCAUCCAGCGAUGGCUCACUCUCGUCCUGGACUUUGUCGUCACCGCUCUCGUCACCACUCUAAUGAUCGUUGUAGUCGCGACCCGGGACUCAAUCGACCCAGCCAUGGUUGGCGUUGGCCUGCUCUCAGCCGUCGGCCUCAGCCAGUCCCUCACCAACGUGAUUCGCACCUGGACGAUGAUGGAGACGUCUAUCGGUGCUAUAGGCAGGAUCAGGGAGUACACGAAAUCCACCCCAUCCGAACACAAAGCCAUCGAAUGCGACGACCCACGCCCAUCAUGGCCAGAGAACGGCGCUGUGGCUUUCAAAGACUUUGGUGCUAGCUACUCCGUCGAGUCCGACUUGGUUCUCAACAAUAUCGACCUUGCCAUCGCGUCCGAAGAGAAGGUCGGCAUUUGCGGUCGCUCGGGUAGCGGCAAGUCUUCUGCCCUGGCAUCACUGUUUCACAUGCUCGAAUACCGUAGUGGCAACAUCAUGAUCGACGACGUGGACAUCGCGCAUAUUCCCCGUGAGACGUUGCGUGGGCGUAUCAAUGUCAUACCGCAGGAACCCUGGUGGAUUACCACAGAGUCCGUCCGGUUCAAUAUGGACCCUUGGAGCUCCAUCCCACAUACUGCAACAAAAGGCGGGGCCUCGCUACCCUCAGCCGACCGUGACGAAGCCUUUAUCUCCGCCCUGGCCCUCUGCAACGUCUGGCCGGCCAUCCAAGCUAAGGGCGGACUAGACGCAACCAUGGCGCCAGACUUCUUGUCUCAUGGCCAGCGACAACUGUUCUGCCUGGCACGAGCAAUGCUGCGGCAGAGUAGGAUUAUAGUGUUGGACGAAUGCAGUGCCAGUGUGGAUGUGCGAACUGAUGAGCUGAUGCAGAAGAUUAUCCGGAGGCAUUUUCAGGCGUGUACGAUCAUUGCCGUGGCGCAUCGACUCAAUACCAUCGCGGACUUUGAUCGCGUGUGCGUAUUGGGGCAGGGGAAGGUGAUUGAGUUGGGAAGUCCUGGGGCAUUGAGGAAGGUUCAGCAAGGGAGGUGGCGGGAGUUGUUGGAGUUGUAGGGAACAGGUGGAUGGUCAU